AUGGCAGAAGAAAAAGGUGACGAUCACAAGGAAGACGGCACUGUUGAUCUCAAAGGCAGACCUGUCUUAAGAUCGAAGACUGGCUGUUGGAAGGGCUGCUUGAAUCUCCUGUACUUUAGGAUUGCAUAUCAUGGAGUCGCCUCAAACCUGGUGUUGUACUUCGCAAAGAAGCCACAUGAAGGCACAGUGACAUCUUCCAACCAUGUUACCAAUAGGGCUGGGGAUGGGGCUCCUGACAUUGGCGGUGUCUCUUCCGGCGCUGAAGCCACCGUCCUGUGGGCCCAACGUCAAGGAGGAGAACCGUGGGUUGAAGGCCUCAACUUUCCAACAAGCCUUCUUCUUUGCUCUCUAUGUGAUUGCGCUAGGGAACGGGGGUACAAAGCCCAACAUCUCAAGCAUGGGGGCAGACCACAGUUCGAUGACUUCGAGCCCAAGGAGAAGACCCAGAAGAUGUCCUUUUUCAACCGGUGGAUGUUCACCGUCUUUACUGGCUCUUUGCUUGCACACACUGUGGUGGUAUACAUCCAGGACAACGACAGCUGGGGAAUGGGCUACGGGAUUCAAACUAUUGGACUCGGAUUAGGUAUUUGGUACUGGUGA